CAAAGGAUCCCUUGGUCGUCGAGAAGACUGGCUGGUGUUAUCAUCGUCGGUGUGUAGUAUCGUUAUCGUCAUCAUGGCGACUUCCAACUUUUUCCACAAGCCCGAGUUGGCCUUGCGACGCGCGCAGGAACUCGAAGGCAUCCAUCAGGACGACGCCGCCUUGGCCAUGUUGCACGAAGUGCUAUCCUCACGCCGUCAUCGUACCUGGAGUCCAGCCUUUGAACAAAUCAUGAUCGUGUACGUUGAUCUCUGCCUCAAGCUGUACAAAACACGCGAAGCCAAAGAUGGUCUGCAUCAGUACCGUAAUUUGAGUCAAACACAGGCUCCGGGAUCGUUGGAAAAGGUGAUUCGCUACUUACUCACCGCGGCGGAGAAAAAGUGUACCGAAGCCAAAGCUUCCGCGGACGCCCAGCAGGAUCAGAUUUUGGAAGAGAAUGGGAAUGGCGACGACGAAGACGGUUUCCGGGCUUCUCCGCAGGCAAUCUUGCUAUCCACCAUGUCCACGGACCCGGCCAAAUCGCAACGCGAUUCCGCCCUCCUCGUGCCGUCCCUCAAGUUUCUCUGGGAAACCUACCGAGCCGUUCUGGACAUUUUGCGAUCCAACUCCAAACUAGAACACGUCUACCACUUUGCGGCACAGAGCGCCUUGCAGUUCUGUCAAGAUUACAAACGUCGAAUGGAGUUUAGGAAUCUUUGUGACAUGCUCAGACUCCAUCUCGGCAAUCUGCGCCAGUACGGCAAUCUCGACGCCAACGAUGACGGAAAAACCAACAACAAGGUCCGCGGUUGGGAAGGUUGGACUACGGAAUCGAUCGAGUUGCACCUACAAACGCGCUUCAUACAGCUCGAAACCGCCAGCGUCCUGCACCGCUACACCGAAGGAUUCCGGACAUGCGAGGAUAUUUUCAAUAUUCUCCAAAUCAGCCAGGCUCGUCGCAAGCACAAUCCCGACGUGCCCGCACCCAAGGCCAAGCUCAUGGCAUCCUACUACGAAAAGCUCACGACCCUGUUUUGGGUUUCGGAAAAUUACCUUUUCCACGCCUUUGCCUGGUACAAGUACUAUACCUUGUGCAAAGAGUUCAAUCGUGGCAUGUCGGAAGACACGAAGCGUAUGCAGGCGUCGGCCGUCCUAUUGGCCGCCUUGUGCAUCCCUUCCGUCCCCGCGAACGAAAGCAAGGCCUCGCAUUCCAACCAACAUACUAUUGCCACCACGGUCGAAGACGGGAUAGUGAAGCAAAAAAUGGCCCGCAUGGCUACCUUGUUGGGCUUUCAUACGCGCAACCCGACCCGCGACGCCUUGCUGGCGGAAAUCCGUAGCAAGGGGAUUCUGGAACAGGCUCCGGCCUACUUGAGAGAACUCUACGAGCUUUUGGAAGAAACCAACGAUCCGCUUAUUAUGGUUCAAAAGGCCAAGCCGCUUUUGGAACAGCUGCAGCAAGAGCUCGGGGCCACCACGUCUAACGAUGUCAAGAACGACGACGUCGAUGACACGACCUUGGGUCGCUACGUUAAGCCCAUCACCAACGUGCUGUUACUGAAACUCAUUCGCAACUUGUCGGCAGCUUACCACACGGUAUCAAUGGAUCAUUUGAAAUCUCUCACGUCUGGUCUCGAUCUGAGCUUCGAACAGGUGGAAAAGACCAUCGUCACGAGUUCAAAAACGCUGGCUGUGCGUCUGGAUCACCGUGCCGGCUGUCUACGUUUCGGUAACGUGCAACUGGAAUCGGACGCAAUGCGCUCGCAGCUGGUAAACUUAUCGAAGCAGCUACAGGCCGUGUCCAACGUUCUGACCCCACCGGAUCGGCAAAGCGUGUUGCAGUCCCGACUGUCCACGUACCAAUCGGUCCGCGAAAAUCUCCACGCCGAACACGCGGCCGUGCUGGAACGUAAAAACUUGAUCGAAACGCGCAAAGAAGAAACCGAACGAGUAGCGCAAGAAAAGUCUAAGCAAGAAGCCCGUGUCAAGGCGGAAGAGGAAGCAGCGCGUAAGGCCGAAGAAGAACAGCGCAUCGUGCGGGAACAGCGCUUGCGCGAGAUUGAAAAGCAGCGCAAAAUUCAACAAGAGUUGGACAAUCAAGAGAAGAAACGGUUUCUGGCCGCCAUGGGAAAAAAGACGGAGGAUAUUUCGGAAGAGCAAAUCGCCAAGAUCGAUACGGAAGCCUUGCAGCGGGAGCACGAAGCAAAGAUCAACAAGGAACGUGAGGAAGCCGAACGCAAAACUCGUGAGACGGCCAAGAAACUGGAUUAUUUGGUCCGGGCGAUUCGUAUCGAGGAACUGCCUCUGAUCAAGAAGAAGUACGAAGAAAAGACGAAAUUGGACAAGGAGCGGUACGAACAAGAGAACAUCGAGAAGGCGCAAAAGGCUAAGUUGCAAUGGGAAGCCGAUGUGAAAGACAAGGCUGUGUUGGAAUCCCACAACGUCUUUGCCUACUGCUCUGAGUUUGAAAACUCCGUAAUGGUGGGACGCCAAGCCGAGCAUGACGUAAUUUGCCAAAGAGCCGAAGAAGAGGCAGAAAUGGAAGCCGAAAAGGCCAAAAUUUCCCGAGCUCGCAAGCGGAAAGCAGCGGAGGAGAAGCUUAUGGCUGCCGAAGCUGCCCGUGAGGCAGAGGAAGAAGCUCGCCGGAAGGAAGAGGAGGAGAAGCGCAAGAAAGAUGAGGCUCGCCGGGAGCGAGAAGCCAAAGAGGAAGAGCGCCGGCGGGCAGAAGACGAACGAAUGGAGGAAGAGCGUCGAAAAAAGGCAGGUCCUGCCAAGUACAUUCCUCCAUCACAACGCUUGGCUAGCGGUGGCGAACGUGGUGGCGGCGGUGGAGAAGACCGCCCCAGUCGAUUUGGUGGUGCCGGAUCCUACCCUGGAGGUGGACGUUAUGAAGGCCGUUCGGACGAUCGAGGCGGUGGCUGGCGCGGUGGUGGCGACCGAAGUGGUGAUUAUCGUAGAGGUGGAGAUGAUCGCAGAGGUGGAGAUGAUCGCAGAGGUGGAGAUGAUCGCAGAGGUGGAGACGAUCGCAGAGGUGGAGACGAUCGUAGAGAAGGAGACGAUCGUAGAGGAGGCGCAUACGGAGGAGAUCGUCGUGGCGGCGCAGGGAGUGGUAGCUACAACGAUCGUCGUGGGCCCCCUUCGGACGGCAACAGUCGUUGGCGCUAAGGAAUUUCAUUGGUGGCCGUGAAGAAACAAAAGUAGCUUUUACACAGAGGUUAGACGUCUUUCUAUUUUACGAGUA